AUGACCGACAUUAAUCGCACCAAACAGAGCUAUCUGCACAAACACAACGGCAAGAUCGAUCCGCAAUCAGUGCAAUCCCCGUCGGUGCUGCACUCUGCGGGAUCGAACGCCACCGAACACGGUCAUGCGGCCAGCAAGAGCGCUGGAUCCAGCUCGGGUGGUUCGUUGAAACGCAACAAUAGUCAUCAUCAGCGAUUGAAAAAAUCCAACACAAGCACUCUGGACCGAGGCUCUAAUGGUCCUGUGGAGUACGGCGGUAGCUUUAGUCAUCAUCAGCAGCAGCAGCAGCAACAACAACCGACCGAAACGACCUGUACGAGAUCCGGCGCCGGUUCCGGUCUGGCCAAGAGCUGGUCGAAAACCUCCAGCAGUAGCACCUCCCAAUCGACAUCCCACGGCCCAGCGGAACAAACGCCACACACACUCGAACCAGGCGGCAGCGGCCGACCUCCGGGGACAAAUUUAGCACCCACCGUCAAAACGGAAGCCUCGCUCAGCGACGAUUUUAAACGCUUCCACACGCUCCGCAACAGCUACGGUGGCAAAUCCAAUUUAAAUGUAAAUAACACCGAUCACAUGAUAAAAUCGCAGGUCCUACUUCACCAGCAGAAGCUGCGCGAGUACUCUCGACAACUGCCCGCCCAGCCAUGCCACCAUGACAACGAUAGCUACUCAACCUGCUCCUCGUCCCAGUCCGACUACCAGCAUCCUCCGCAACAACCGCAUCAGCAGCACCAGCAAAACCAUCGCCACAAACAUCACACUCACUAUCGUGUGCUUCAGCAUCAACACCAUCAGCCGGCGCAAGCCCACAAUGUCCUACCGACACAGUCCAUCUACCCCAUCUCUGCCACGGUGGCCGCCACAGCCACGUUGACGCGCGCCGGUGGUUUCGGUGGUGCCGGUGCUGGUGGAGGUUCGAUAUUGAAAAAUGCCACCAGCAGCAACCAUCAGGAUCCGGUCGGGAGUCGGAACAGCCUCAAACGAGGAGCGGGCGGAUUGAGCACGCUGUCACUGUGCAGCUGUGACGCGGAAACGGAGAUAAUACCGAAUCCAUUAAGGCCAUUAUAUCAGUACAGCCUGGACAGGAAAAAUCCACGCCAGCACACCUACACGUGCGAGCAGAAUGCACAGAUUCUAUUGCGACUGGAAAAGGACCGUCAGAAGAAGUUUGGCUCCAUGGGAAAAUUGCAUCUGACCACAUCAACCGGUGACUUGAGCCUCGCGACCACGGCGAUGCAACGACACUCGAGUAUAACGGGUGCAUCCGUGCCGACCUCGUCCGUUUCGACUCCAACUCCUACACCACCUCCGCCGCUAGCAACAACUGGACCCGGAAAAGUCACCGGAAAUGCUUGCAAGGUGGCGGCCAACGUGCUUUCGUUUGACUGCCAGCAUGGAUCGUAUCCUCGGGGUGAUAAUUAUGCCGAGGACGAUUCGUACAGUGAAGAUAUGAUACCGCCUCCGCCACCGCCACUGAACCGACGUCCAUCCUACGGAUACGGUUGUGUGGUGCAACCUGUUGCAUCCGGACCGGAACCGACGCACACGGACCAGCAGUCCAACCCAGCCAACAUCAGCUACGGACGUGAAGUCGACGGCCUGGUCGGAACCAUGAAUCAGCCGGAUCUGUUCAACUUUGCCACAAACACAAACGGUCCGUUGAGUGGCACGCUAAAGUCAACACUCAAAUCCACCAAAUCGUCGACAAACGGUAAAACAACUUCCGGCUCAUUGGGCAUGCCUGUCGACGGCAAGUCGAAACUGAACGACCCGCUUCCGGUUAUGAUGGUGGACCUGAUGAACGGUAACACGGCCGCCUCGCUUCCGAAUGGAAAUGAUCCGGCCGGCACGAAGCCAUAUCCGCCUUACUACUUCGAUGAUAAUUAUCUACAUCACCACUACUACUACCAGAGCGGAGAGGAUCGGUACGGAGAGACCGGAUCUGACGUGCCGUUGAAGGAAGCGAUGGAUGCGGGGCAGUUGUAUCUCUACCACCAACAUCAUCACCAUCCGGACGCGGUCGCUGCCGGCUACAUCCCCAACUACGAUGCACUUAACCUUCCUGCGAAGUACAACACGAUCGGGCCGAACGGGGAUUUGCCACUGUCGGGGCACUUCUCCGGACUGGGCGGCAAGUAUCCGGCGGGUGGUGGAGUGGGCCACCAUGCCAGCUCCUGCAAUAUCAAUCAGUACUCCGGCUCGACAAAAAGCAACCUCAUUGCAUCGCACAACCAUCACUUCUCCAACUCGAUCAGCAACUUCAACUUCAAUCCCUCGCAGUACUUUGGCUCAGGGCUGGAACCGGCCCCCGGAACCACCAUCAUUCCCAGUGGCGUGAUGGGUGGCGUGAUGGGGGGUGGUGAUGGUUUUCCUUCCUCCUGCAGCCUUAACGGAACGCCCAAUAAACAACAGCCCCACCCGUGGAAACACCGCCAAUGUCCGAGUCGUGGUUCCAGCAGUACCGGGUCCGGAUCGUCGAAAUGGGAUCUUCCUUCGAGACAGUGGCUUGCGGUGACCUCCAUAUUGUUGAUUGCCGGAGCGGCCGGAGUAGCCGUCCCGCUGGCCCUGAAGGUAUCCUCCGGUGCGCCCCUCGCGGAACGACUGCAGGUGGCUACCCAGCUGCUCGACACAGUGCCUUUAAUCGAUGGUCACAACGAUCUGCCGUGGAACAUACGGAAAUUCCUACACAAUCAGCUAAACGAUUUUCGGUUUGAUGAUGAUCUCAAGACGAUACUGCCCUGGUCGAAGAGUGCCUGGAGUCAUACGGAUUUGCAGCGGCUCAAGCGUGGUAGAAUCUCAGCUCAGUUUUGGGCCGCCUACGUGCCCUGCGAGGCACAGCAUAGGGAUGCAGUGCAAAUCACCUUGGAACAGAUAGAUGUAAUUAAAAGACUGACAGAACGAUACUCUCCCCAUCUGACAUCCUGUGCAUCGAUGUUAGAUAUCGUACAAGCGCACAAAAACCGUCAAAUGUGUUCAUUAAUCGGUGUCGAGGGUGGCCACUCGCUCGGUGGUUCGCUUGGUGUGCUGCGCAUCUACUAUGCGCUCGGUGUACGGUAUAUGACGCUCACAUCCACCUGCCACACACCGUGGGCCGAUUCGAGCAAUGCGGAUGCACCGAAGUAUGACAUCCGGCACGGCGGACUUACGGCUUACGGCAAGACGAUCGUGCGCGAAAUGAACCGCCUGGGCAUGAUAGUGGACCUAUCAAAGUCGUCCGUCGGUACGAUGAAGGAUGUACUCGCGACCUCACAGGCACCGGUCAUCUUUUCCCAUUCGUCAGCCCACGCGCUCUGCAACUCGAGCCGCAACGUGCAGGAUGAGGUGCUGGAGCUAGUGACGAAAAAUCGCGGCCUCGUGAUGGUAAACUUUUACAACAAGUUCCUGCGGUGCAGCGAUAACGCAUCGGUGCAGGACGCCGUGGCGCACAUAAAUCACAUCCGGAGAAUUGCUGGUAUAGACCACGUCGGAUUAGGGGCAGGUUACGAUGGAAUUAACUUCACACCCCGCGAUCUGGAGGACGUCUCGAGCUAUCCGCGCCUGUUUGCCGAACUGCUCGGCGAUGGUUGGACGGUGGACGAGCUGGAAAAGCUGGCCGGCCGGAACUUGCUGCGCGUUUUCGAGGAGGUGGAAAAGGUGCGCGAAAAUCAGCGCCUUUCGGGUGUGCGGCCGUACGAGGAAAUUCCACCCGUGUUGCGGCCGGACGAGCACACGAACUGCUCGACGAACAGUUAA